GAGAUCAUUAAAACUACAACAUCCACAAUCCUGUGCGCACACGUCACAAACACGCGCCAAGUUGUUUGGGCUCGAAGUGCAAAAUUUAAAAGGUUCCAUUAUGGCUCUGGCAGGAGUGCGUGUAAUCGAGCUUGCAGGACUGGCCCCUGCGCCCUUCUGCGGGAUGAUACUGGCGGACUUCGGUGCAAGAGUCAUCCGGGUAGAUCGGACAAAGGUGGCAAUGACAGUAGAUACUCAAGCAAGAGGCAAACAAUCAGUGGCCUUGAAUCUUAAGAACCCCAAAGGUGUCGCUGUUUUGAAAAGACUGUGUGUCCAUUCAGAUGUGGUUCUGGAGCCCUAUCGUAAAGGUGUUAUGGAGAAGAUGGGAUUAGGUCCUGAAGAUUUACUAAAAGAGAACCCGCGCCUGAUUUAUGCACGACUCACUGGCUACGGUCAGAGCGGAUCCUAUGCCAAGGCUGCUGGACAUGAUAUCAACUACCUGGCCGUGUCAGGGUUGCUGUCCAUGCUGGGCCGUAGCUCAGAGAAACCCUACGCUCCACUGAAUUUGGUGGCAGACUUUGCUGGAGGAGGUCUCAUGUGUGCAUUUGGGAUUGUGUUGGCUCUCCUGGAAAGGAGUAGGUCAGGACAAGGCCAGAUCAUUGAUGCCAGCAUGGUUGAAGGUGCAGCGUAUGUGGGCUCCUUCAUGUGGAAGUCCCGUAGCCUCGGCCUGUGGAAUCGUCCACGUGGGGAAAACAUGCUGGAUAGUGGUGCUCCGUUCUAUGAUACGUACCGUACGUCUGAUGGAAAGUAUAUGGCAGUGGGGGCGAUAGAGCCUCAGUUCUAUCAACAGCUUAUUAAAGGUUUGGGCUUGGACGAUGCUGACCUGCCUGCACAAAUGAGUGUAUCGGAUUGGCCGCAGCUCAGGCAGACAUUCACCCGGGUGUUUACCAGCAAGACCCAGGCGGAGUGGAGUCGAGUCUUCGAUGGGACAGAUGCAUGUGUCACCCCUGUGCUGUCACUGGAUGAGGUACUCUCACACCCCCACAACCAGGCACGGGGAUCGUUCUUCAAGGACUCUCAGGGGGAAAUUAGCCCUCGACCUGCACCCGUUCUGUCCCGCUCCCCUGCGGAGCCCUGUCACUCCCGGGACCCCUUCAUCGGAGAGCACACUCGCUCUGUGCUGAAGGAGUACGGGUUCGAGCAAGCGCAAAUAGAACAGCUCUUAUCUGCCGGUAUUGUAGAGUGUAACGAAGCUAAAGCGCGUCUAUAAAUCAAAGACUCUGACUGGAGAAUCAUUAAACUUUGUGGCCAAUAAUGCAGCGUGGGAAUCUGAGCUCUUGAACUCCUCUGUCUUGUUGAGUGAGUGUGAGGGGGCAUUUCAGAACAAAAUGACUUGUUCUCCCUUGUGAAUCACUGGGUGCUGCAGUGGAAGUGGACUAAAUGAUCCUGGGCUUUUAAGUGAAAAUGUCCAAAAAAAUUCAACUUUCAUUUGUAAUUGCUGCAGGGAAAUUCAAGUGGGAUUUAAUUAAAGCCAAUUGCAAAUAUUCUGUAUUAAUCUUAACAUCCUUAUUUUUGUCAGCAUCCUCAUCAGUAUUUCAAAAAAGAUAUUCAACAUUCACUUAUUUUUUAAGACCGUUUUGAAUUAAUAAUUGUAUUGAUGAAGGCAUUUUAUUUGGAGUUGAUUAAAGUCUACCACUUUUGGUUGUGAAUUUAAAUACUUGACUAAUAAGUGCCUUCAGCAAGAAUAGCUGAGUGUGAGUCAUAGACUAAUUAACUGAGUGAAAUAUUUGCCUUUGCCUAAUUAUUAGGAAGUGCUGAUGGCUUAAGAUAAUGGUAUUAGGAUAAAACCAAUUAAUGAUUCAGAUUAAGAUGACGUUUUCUGUCAUAGUAUGACUGAUUGUGUAAAAAUAUAGCACAUAUAACAUUUGUGUGGCCUUUAUUUGCUAUAAGUGAUGGGCUCAGGUUGAAGGUUGUCGCUUAAGGCCAAUUCACACUUUACCGACAGACACAGACAAACCGGAACAGACGGAUUUUGUUGGAUCAGUGUGUUACCCUGUCUGCAUCUCUUGGCAUUGGUCGACACUUAUUUUUGCUGACUGAACAUAUUGAAUUGGAUUUUUUCAGUUCUUGGAAUGUCUGAGAAGUGUUGUAAUCUGCCUGGAGACCGUCAGCAUUGGCUCUGCAUCUGUUAGUGCGGUGUAAAUUGGCCUUAUGCUAACCAGGGCUAUAGUCAGGGCUAUUGUAAUUUAAAUGAACUGUAAUCUGUUUUAAUAUAUUAUGAAGUGUAACUUAUUCCUGUGAUGGCAAAGAUGAAUUUUCAGUAGACAUUACUCCACUCUUUAAUGUUACAUGAUUCCUCGGAAAUUAUUUUAAUAUGCUGAUCUGCUGUUCAAUAAACUUAUUAUUAUUAUUAUUAUUAUAAAUGUUGCAGACCGUUGUACUGCUUAAUAUUUUUGUUGAAACCAUGUUACAUAUUUUCCAAAAGUGUGGAAUAUUUAAAAGAACAGCAUUCAUUUGACAUAGAAAUGUUUUGUAACAUUAUAAAUGUCUCUACUGUCACUUUUGAUCAAUUGAAUGCACCUUUUCUCAAUAAAAGCAUACAUUUUUUAAUAAAAAUCUUACUGACCUCAAACUUUUAAACAGUAGUGCAUUUUCAAAUUAAGAAAAGAGACUGUACAGAUCCAAGACACAUUUUCUUAUCCUUGAAGAUUGUGAUAAAAUAAUAAUGAAAUUGUAAAGCAGUUUUUAAAACUUCAGAGUUUAAAAAUGUUUUUAGACUUUAAAGACUGUAUCUGGCAUCAAACAAUACUUCUUUUGAUAACAUUCUGAAUCAUCUUUUCUCAAGUCAAAUACUACUUGUAAACCCAAAGAAUGAGUUGUAUAAAAGAUAUUUCAUAACUA